CAGCAGAGUGAUUCACAAACGCUUGCGUAUUGGUUCAGAAGAAUCAUAAAAAAGAACCGGUUAAAAAGAACGGCUCCUGCGCGAAUCGGACAUCACUGCUACAGUGAGUGUAGCAGUUUUAAGAGGCUGCUGCUGAUAUGGAGACUGUUACCAUCCACAGACACUGAGCGUGCAACUUUACUGAGCCGACUGAGCGCUUUCAUGGGGGCUCUCCAGUCACAUUAACCAACUCCAAACAUGUCCAAAAGCCUGAAGAAGAAAAACCACUGGACUAACAGAGUCCACGAGGUCGUGUUAUCCAGGGGUCCGAGUGGAGAUCUGGGGUUCGAGCUGCAGGGAGGCGCGGAGAAUGGACAGUUCCCCGUUAUUGGAGCGGUGAAACCGGACAGGGGCAAGCUGCACCAGGACGAGUUACUCCUGGAGGUCAAUGAUACUCCAGUGGCCGGACUGACCAUCAGGGAUGUGUGGGCUGUGGUCAGACACUGCAAAGACCCUGUCCGCCUCAAGUGUGUCAAACAAGGAGGUGUUGUGGAUAAAGAUCUCAGGCAAUAUCUCAACCUGCGUUUCCAGAAGGGCUCUUUGGACCAUGAGCUGCAACAAAUAAUUCGGGACAACCUUUAUCUCCGUACAGUACCCUGUACAACCAGGCAGCCUAAAGAAGGAGAGGUUCCAGGAGUGGACUACAAUUUUGUGACUGUUGAGCGGUUUGUGGAAUUGGAAAGAAGUGGAGCUUUGCUGGAAAGUGGAACUUAUGAAGAUAACUUUUACGGCACCCCGAAGCCCCCGGCAGAGCCCAGCUCACUGCUGUUGAAUGUAGCUGAUCAGCUGUUGCCAGGUGCAACACCCAGAUCCCAGGGCAAACGCAGACGUAACAAGUCCGUCAGCAACAUGGAGAAGGCUGGCAUCGAGCCGCCCGAGGAGGAAGAGGAGGAGAGGCCCGUCAUCAACGGCAACGGAGUGGCCAUCACCCCAGAGUCCAGUGAACAUGAAGACAAGAGUACGGAUGCCUCAGGUGAGAUUCCUACUACAUGCCCCUCCGAAACCUCCACAGAUGCCCCUAAAGAAGAGACAGAGCCACCAAAAUCACCUCCCAAACCAGACGAGAAUGACGAGUUGGGUCCUCUGCCAGAUAACUGGGAGAUGGCUUACACUGAGAAAGGAGAAGUGUACUUCAUAGACCACAAUACGAAGACGACGUCCUGGUUGGACCCCCGGCUUGCGAAGAAAGCGAAGCCCCCAGAAGAAUGCAAAGAGAAUGAGCUUCCUUAUGGCUGGGAGAAAAUCGAUGACCCUGUUUAUGGAACCUACUAUGUUGAUCACAUAAACCGAAGGACUCAGUUUGAGAAUCCAGUUCUCGAGGCGAAGAGAAGAUUGCAACAGCAGCAGCUGAUGCAGAGUCAGGGCUUGUCCUCUCUCCCCCUACCUACAGUCUACAGAGAAAAGCCUCUGUUCACACGGGACCCCACACAGCUGAAGGGCAGCUUUCUGUCUACAGCCCUGCAGAAAAGCAGCAUGGGAUUUGGCUUCACUAUCAUCGGGGGUGACGAACCAGAUGAGUUCCUACAGGUCAAAAGUGUCAUACCAGAUGGACCUGCUGCACAGGAUGGGAAAAUGGCUACAGGAGACGUGAUUGUCUACAUUAAUGGUGUCUGCGUCCUGGGCACCACCCACGCUGACGUUGUGAAGCUUUUCCAGUCGGUGCCGAUUGGACAAAGUGUAACCCUCGUCCUUUGCAGGGGUUACCCUCUUCCGUACGACCCGGAGGACGCAGCCAGCACUUUGCUUUCCCCCCUCGGCCUAAUUGAUCGCCCUCUGCUGGUCAACGGACGGAAUAGCUACGACAGCUACAUGGAGUACAUCUCCCGCACUGCUCGCUUCAUCGACCCAAUGCAAGCGGCAUUGGCACAGUCCCACCCUGGAGACACCCACCUGGAUGCAGGACCGCUGGAGGACAGCGUCUCAAUGGCGUCUUCAGGAGCGGCCGGAGGAGAGCUGUUAACAGUUACCAUGGUGAAAGGGGCGGAUGGGUUUGGAUUCACCAUAGCAGACUGUAAUGGAGGACAGCGGGUGAAGCAGAUUCUGGAGGCACAAGGAUGCCCGGGGCUGUGCGAGGGCGAUCUGAUUGUGGAAAUUAACCAGCAAUCUGCACUAACGCUGUCACACACACAGGUGGUGGAGCUGCUAAAAGAGUGUCCUGUUGGGGCGGAGGCCACGCUGGUUGUGCAGAGAGGAGGGACGGGUCACUUUUCACCUUGGAAGACCUCUAAACAGGUCUUGGAACAUUGGGAUCCUCACAGCAGUCCCACAGCCAGUCUAUCUCUCCAUGCUCUCCCUCACAGCGCUCCAUAUCUGCACUGGCCUUCAGGUCCAGAGUUUGACCUGACCAAACCUGACCCCUAUGACCUCUAUGAGAAGUCCAGGGCUAUCUAUGAAAAUAGGCAGCCAGGGCUUUCUCGAGCAGCUCUCCCAGCUGACCCUUCCGUAUCAGAGUUCCAGGAGGUGGAGGUGCACCUGCACAGGCAGAAGUCCGGUUUCGGCUUCAGGAUCCUGGGCGGAGAAGAACCAGGGCAGCCUGUGAGUCUGGAGGCUCAGGAGAAGAUCCUGAUUGGUGCAAUCAUCGAGAAGAGCCCAGCAGAUAAAGACGGGCGUCUCCGGCCAGGAGAUGAGCUGAUGUCAGUCGAUGGGAUCCCUGUGACUGGAAAACCCCACCGUUACGUCAUUGACCUCAUGCAUGGGGCGGCCCGGACUGGACAGGUUAAACUCACUGUACGAAGGAGAAUUCAGACCACAGGUGAACCCUGUCCAGAGAACGGCCGCAGCCCUGGAUCGACCCAGCACAGUUCCCCCAGGAGUGACUUCAACUCCAGAAUGUUCUGUAACAACUCCGCCCCCUCUCAAAACUCCGCCCCAUCCACCACAGGCUCCUCCCCUCCAUACAAUGUAGCCAAUCAGAAUCUGCAGCCUAGUGAUGUCACCAUCCAGCGCAAGGAAAGCGAAGGGUUCGGGUUCGUUAUUAUCAGCUCCCUGAACAGGCCUGAAACCGCGGCUGCUGCUGCCGUGCCUCAUAAGAUCGGCCGCAUCAUUGAAGGAAGUCCAGCAGACCACUGUGGGAAGCUCAAGGUUGGAGAUCGCAUAUUGGCCGUCAACAAUCAGUCUAUCGUCAACAUGCCGCAUGCUGACAUCGUCAAACUGAUCAAGGACGCGGGACUCAGCGUCACACUCAGGAUCAUCCCUCAGGAGGAGACAAACAGCACACCUUCUGCAGGCAGUUCAGAGAAGCAGAGCCCAAUGGCCCAGCCCAGUCCAGUUUGCCAAUCCAGCACUGUGAACCAGACCGGUGUUGUACCUCCACCUAACUCCACCCCUCAACCCAACUCUGCACCACAACCAACGCAGCCUACUUCAGAAGCACAACCGAGCCCUGUCACUCAAACCAGCCCAGCCAAUCACCCCAGCUCAGUGACCCAACAGAACCCGCCCACCCAGCCCUCCACAGUGCCAGUACAGAUCUACAGCCAUGACAACAGCUACAGGUCAGAGGUAAAAGCAAGACAGGAUGUAAAACCCGAUAUUCGACAGCCAUUCACUGAUUACCGCCAACCCCCGGUGGACUACCGACACCCUCCUGUAGCAGACUACCGACAGCCACCAACGCUUGAUUACAGACACCCCCCACUGCUGGACUACAGGCAGCUGUCCACUGACCCUCGCACCUUCCCCUUACCGGACUACAGGAUGCCACAGGAUUUUGAUUUCUUCACGGUUGAGCUGGAAAAGGGAAUGAAAGGUUUUGGCUUUAGUAUCCGUGGAGGCCGUGAGUAUAAGAUGGAUCUGUUCGUUCUGCGAUUGGCUGAAGAUGGACCAGCAAUACGCAAUGGCAGAAUGAGGGUUGGUGAUCAGAUCAUUGAAAUAAAUGGGGAGAGCACGAGGGAUAUGACCCACGCUCGGGCCAUUGAGCUCAUCAAAUCGGGUGGCCGUAGAGUUCGCCUGCUGCUCAAGAGAGGCACAGGGCAGGUCCCUGAAUAUGAUAAUCCCGCCCCCUGGGAUGCUCACACUACAGCCUUCCCAAGUCUGUCGGAAGUAGCACCACCCCUCGACAGCUUAUCUAAUCCAUCAGCUUCUUCUCAUGUGAACCCACCCACCGACCCACCUCAUACAUCGUCCUUGGAAGCAGCAGGUCUAGACUGUUCCCAGGUUCCUAGAGGCCCAGAGAGUAGGGCUCUGGAGCAGGCAGGUGUGGGGAAGAGGUCAGCCCUGGCAGGUGGAGUUGGGGGUGGGACCAAGCAGAGGGAGGGCAACAGAACCAACCGUCGCUCAAUUGGAGGGAAGAGUCAGCAACAAUACAUUGAUGAACUUGCGGGAGAGCCCAAAUCCCACAAAAGCAGCCGGUCAAAGUCCAAGGAGCGCAGGAGGGAGCGGAGCAAUACACCAUCUCAAAAGCAAGAUUUGCCCAAAACUUCUCCAAAUGACACCAACGUGUAUGGGGGAAAUGGAUGCCUGGAUGGUAGCAACAACCAACAAGGAGCUCUGGUGCCAUUCAAAGCCCUACCAAAGGAACCAGAGAAAGGGCAAAUGAGCCAAGAGAGUCGCCCCAGCCACAACUCCAAGACCAGCAGCUGUGCAUCAGGCAGGAAGACCACAGUAUCCCCAGGGCCCUGGAAGAUCCCUGGUACGGACAAGCUACCCAGUACCUUGCGCUCAGCCACCUCCACCAUCAGCAGAUAACAUCUCAUCACGAUCUCAGGCCCAAGUUUAGACGUUACUUUCGGCCUUGACUUCUUUUGGACCAACCUUUGGCUAUGAUCCGCCUUGUUUUGGAACUGGUUGGGCUCUUCUUGAUAGCUUUUCACAGGCUUGCUCUUAUUGAAAGAGAUAGGAUGACUAGGUACCACCCUUGACUAGGUACCACCCUCCCACAAUCCUCACUAAAGAACUUUCCAUGCAUUUCUAGACAGAGCAUUUUUUAUUUAUAUUUUAAGUUAUUUUAACAGAUAUGACACCCACCACCUUAAGAACUGGAAGCAUUCACUCCAAAAAUGGAACCACAGUAGAAUGAGUACUGCAUGUAGCGUGCAAAAAGAUUCCCAGACUUGUUUAAACUGUUGGGUAAAAGCACUCAAGACUCAGAGAUGUACAUGCAUAGAGAACCACUUACUGAGUCUGAACCACCACUGGUGGCUACAGCCAUUUUUAUACACUUUCAUUAAAAAAUGAGGAAUACUGAAGGAGUUGCCUGACAUACAGUUUUUGCGUAUUUGAAGAAUGAAUAUGAUUAAAAAGAUCCUAUAUGAGUGAACACUUGACUAUGAACUCUGCCUUAAAGACUGACCUGCAGAUGUCUGUAUAAGGGUCGGAAAAUGAAUAUAGAAAUAGAUAUAUUAUAUAACUACAUUUAUGUGAGACAUAUUGUAAAUACGGUCUUUACGCACCAUUGUGAGCCCAUACUGGAGUACUCAUACACAGUGUAAAUUAGAAGAGUGUAAUCUAGAAAUCAUUCCUACUCCACUUUAAGGUGCGUUCCCACUGACAGCGAUAUAAACUUGAGUGGUUGCUAAUAGGUGUUCCUACUCAACUUCAAUACAGAACUGAAGGUGCCAAUGGGCUUUGACCUUCUCUUGACUCUCAAUAUAUUCUCCCUUUAUGUGAGUACAUGAACAAAGCAAUUUGAGUCCAAGGUGAUUUCGAUUAAAUGAUUUAAUUAUGGCAGAGUGCCUUAUGCCAGGGGUGUUCAAUCUUGCUCCUGGAGGGCCACUGUCCUGUAGAGCUAAGCUCCUAUACUAAUUAUACACACCUGAACCAGCUAAUCUAGGUCUUCAGGAUUACUAGAAACAUCCAAGCAAGUGUGUUGGGGAAGGCUGGAGAUAAAUUCUGCAGUACAUUGACCCUCCAGGAUCAGGAGUGAACACCCCUGCCUUAUGCUGACCACUUAAUGCUUUAUUUGAGCUCUAAAUCCUAGACAAUGACAUCAAGACAAAGAAAAAUUUAAGGCUGCUAUAAAUUCAUUGGAUUACUUGUUCCGUAGAAACUGUGCAAAAGUAAUGCCAGAUCUGAAUAAGUAUGCCAUUACAUUUGUGUCUCUGAAUGCUGAUUGGUGUCUAGAGAGACCAGUUUAUGUCCACAGUAUAGAUAUAUCAAUAUAAAAUUCAAAGCUAUUUUCGUACAUAGAAAUAGAGGUGAGAGUCUUCUAAAAGAAGUGCAGAUAUUUAUUAAUGAUAUCUUUGACAGGAGUUCAAAUGUUUGUUGAGCACUUUGUCUUUAAGUAGACAUGUGUACAUAUAAAAUGCUGUGCAUCCAUGUUAUUCAUUGCAUAAGUUGAUUUUCAAAAUCCUGUUAUGAAACUUUGUUUAUUAUUAAAGGUUGUGUAUUGGUAAGUCUCUAGUUCACAUGGUUCAUGUCAGGGCUUCAACACUCUCCAGACAAGCGCCAUGCUUGUUGUGAAAAUGUUAUGCUUGUUGCACCCUUCACAAAAGGGUGAUUUUAACAAGCUUGCUAAUAGCAAAUUCUGAAAGUACAUGAAAGAGGUAAUGUAUGCUAUUGUCAUGCAAUGUUUUUUUUCCUUAGAAUGUCAUUAUCCAUCUUGUGCUGUAUUUUGAUAUAUCUACAUAGACACAGUCUAUCAGCCUCUACUAGCUAGUAUACUAAGAUGUUAACUUGCUAAUCGAAGGCUAACUGAAAACACAAAGAACUAAUUAAAAGGUUUCAGAUUAUGGAAUUUCUUUGACAUUUAUUUGGUUAUGCUUUGAAAAGGCCAAAGUAAAUGAGGUUAAAGUUGAAAUUGUUUGAACUUUAAGUGUCAUGUUAAACAUCUGUGUGCCACACCCCUUACAAAAGAAUUAACCAAAAAAAAAAACAUGGUUACUAGUUAAACCAUGGUAACCACAAUUUAACCAUGGUUUUGCAACACUAGCCAUAGUUUAACCAUGGUAUUUGAAGUAAAACUCUGGUUAUGUAAAUGGUAAUUUAUUCACCAAAAAAAAAACGGAACGGCAAGGUGGCUAAAGGCCCGUUGAAACCAAGGAUGAUAAUGAUGAUAACUAUAAAGUUGUAUUAAUCAUUCUAAUUCUGAGAGUAGGGUAAUUAUACAGUAUAACGAUGACGCACAGAAUCACUUUCAGAACACUUUUUUUUUUUUCAUCUGAUGAAUGAUAAAAUCACUGACAGAAUCAGAAUCCACCACUUUCCAAUUGAAUUAGCUUUUAAAGCAGAUGGCAUAACUGCAUUGGUCGCUUGCAAUAAACAUAAUGUUAUCGUGCACUGACAUGGAUGCUAACUAAGUUAUCAUUAUAUUUAUCAUUCUUGGCGUGAACGGGACUCUAGAUUGAUUCUUUGCUCCAUUGAAUUGAAUGGAUGGGGAACAUUGAUGUAACCAGUUACUGUAACCAACUGGAAUGUUAAGGUGUAAUGGAACAAACUUUUAAUUAACAUCUGGACCUCAGAUUACAUUAUUAUUCUGUGUUUUCUUUCAUAAUUCACUUUUUAUGAGUUCAAUUGUUAUUAAUGUCACUGUCAGUAGUAAAUACAGCAUUACAGCAUUGAAGGUGAAAUAGGUUAUAGAUUAUUUCUGUGCAGCUAGUGGCAUCCAACUAUAGUUCUGGACUGACAAAACUAUGGUCUCAUCCAGUUGCAUGAUUUUGAAGGAGUGAAUUAAUUGUUUGAUUUUAUACUGAUUUUAUAACCGAUAGUGGCACAGAAAUUAUACACA